AUGGCUACUCAGAAAGGCGCUGUCAUUCCUAACACCAAGUUCGGUCUCAUUCCCUGGGCUCCUGAGCUCGACUCGGGUGAGGUCUGCGGUAUCCCCACCACCUUUGAGUCGCACAACGAGUGGAAGGGCAAGAAGAUCGUGGUUGUCUCGAUCCCUGGUGCCUACACCCCUAUUUGCCACCAGCAGCACAUUCCUCCUCUGGUCAAGCGUGCUGAUGAGCUCAAGGCCAAGGGCGUUGAUGCUGUCUACGUCAUCGCUGUGAACGACCCCUACGUGAUGUCGGCCUGGGGUGUCUUUAACCACGCCAAGGACAAGGUUGUGUUCGCCACGGAUAUUAACGCCGCUUUCUCGAAGGCGCUUGGUGCUACGAUCGACCUCAGCUUCAAGGACAUGGGCGAGCGCACCGCUCGUUACGCCUUGAUCAUCGACGACCUCAAGGUUGUUGACUUCGCCUCGGACGAGGGUGACACGGGCAAGCUCCAGAACGCUUCGAUCGACACCAUCCUCCAGAAGCUUUAA